AUGGCGUGGUUGGAGGCAGAUAGGUUUUUCACAAGCAAUUUCAACGAGGACACAUACACAAAGAAGGGCCUUGAAUGGGUUAACACUACAGAGAGCUUGAAAGAUGUGUUAGAUCGACCUUACCCUGAGAUGACACAGAAAUGGAUGAAUUGCACCAGUGCUUUCUCGGUGUGGGACUUUGCUCCAAACUCUUACAAUCCCAUCCCACUCUACCUUCGUGUUCCUGAAUAA